CAGACAGAUUGCCUGAAGCCUAAUCAAAAGCGCCCCGCUACCAACUCGCACCGCAUUCGUGUCGGUGUCAGCGAACGAGGAUGACGUCGCCGCUGUCUGCAAGGGUCUGCGGUUAUACACUCCUCACCGUGGCUUGUCUUGUGGGUUGUACCUUAUAUGGAUAUAUAUCACAGGAUCAUCUGCCUUCCAGAAGUAAUGGGCCCUCUCGAGACUGAAUACGAAGCCCGUCUCCAAAGAUACCGUGAUGCGUGCGCAGUGAGAAAGACUAGAACCUCUGGCUACAACACCAUCUUAUACUACGCCGAUGGAGGGACGAACACCAGCAUGGGCUAUUGCCCUGUACCUAAAGUUGGCUGCACGUUUUGGAGGAGGAUCUUGAUGUUUCUCAACAAGACACGAAGUCAGUCUCAGAUAUCAAGUCCCUUUGAUAUUUCUCGCUUCGAGGUGUAUUUCAAACCCAUGAUACAUCUUACUGCCACGAAGUACGCCACGGACGUCUUGGAACAUGCACAACGUUUCCUGUUUGCGAGGGAUCCCUACGCAAGACUUUUCUCUGCGUACGUGGACAAGUUUCUUCUUCCGCAGUUUCUAGGAUGGGAGAGAUACGGCAAAGUAGUCACAGCGGCCAGAGCUGGGACAAGAAAUGUUAAUGAAACGUGUGUAAAAACACUGGUCACAUUUCCUGAGUUUGUGAAUAUAACCAUGUCACAGAAAUAUCGGGACCCCCACUGGUUGCCAAUAGCGUCGGUAUGUGACCCCUGUCGGCUGUUCCCUCAAUUCAUUGGAAAACAAGAGUCGUUCGCCAAAGACGCCAAAUAUAUUUUAAACAAGGUCGGACUGGGGAAUCUGUUGACAAAGUAUUCUCAUAAAACGUUCAUCUCAGACGAAAUUACGCAAAUGGUUGACUUUACGUAUGCGUACAGAGAUUUCAACGUGAACCUACGGAAGUGUUUCGACAGCCUCCUGCUAGCAGAACGUUUGUGGACGGCGUUUAAGAUCAAUGGUUACCUAAAGCCAGAAGCGGAAUUCCCAAAGGAAGAAUUAAGUGGGUUAAUUCGUAAGACAAAUGACACGCGUACGAUUAAAGCUAUCUUAACUCAGCUGAUAGCCAAAGAAAAUAAACAAUCUCACAUGUCAAGUGUGAUGUAUAAGCUGCAGAAAAGGACAAUGAUGUUGAACGAGUAUAAAAAUCUAUCUCGAGAAACGAUGGAAAAAAUAGCGAAGUAUUACACGUGGGACUUUAAGAUAUUUGGUUACGAGCAAUAUCCAGCGGCUCUAUUUCCAUGGAAACACCAAUAGUCCAUGAUUAAAUCCAGGUCCCGUGAACAUCCGGGUUCCGGUCUUCAGCAACCCAGGCAUGCUUGUCGAAAGAGACGACAAACGGGAUCGGGGUGAUCAGACUCGCCGACUUGGUUUGAUGCAAGUUAUUAUAUCCCAAUGGCCGUAGAUCACUGGAUUGUCUGGUCCAGACACCAUUAUUUACAGACCGCCGUCAUAAUAGCUGGACUAUUGCUGAGUGCGGCGUUAAACAACAAACAGACAAACAAACAAACAAAACCAUGACUUUGCAUUCUUUUUUCAAUGCAUAUUUGGCUCUGGAAACGUCCAUCUGAAAUUUUGAACUGAACUUUGGUAUGCAUGUUUCUUUUUAUGAUGACAUCACGAUAUUCACUCACUCACUCACUCACCCACUCCCUCACUCACUCACUCACUAUGGUGACGUCACAUGUUGCUCAAAUCCUUAGAUUUUAGUGUUACGUUUUAGUCCUCGUGUAUUUAUGUAAAAACUAUUUGAAUAUUUUGUUGACUACAAAUCCAAGUGAGCUGCAAUGCCGUGGUUUGUUUGAUCAUAACUGAUUCAAAGGCAUCUGUAUUCCCACACAAGUAACAUAUGUCAUAUAAUUUGAACUUUGAAAUCCAUAUGAAUAAAAUUUCGACUUCCAUGAUGGUUGUGUUGGUCAAGAAACAUUACCUUCUGAGGGUUAGUGUCAAACUGGACCUUGUCUCCAAAAGUAACCAUUCUAUAUAGAAUAUACCCGUCUUCUCUUCCCUGGAGGGGCGGUCGGGUAGCCAAGUGGUUAAAGCGUUCGCUCGUCACGCCGAAGACCCGGGUUCGAUUCCCGCCGUGAUAUUGCUGGAAUAUAGCUAAAAGCGGCGUAAAACCUCACUCACACUCUACCCUGGUGAGUUCAAAAUGCAAAUUUUAUUUGUUUGUUUGUUUAGGUUAUCAGACGUUGACGUUGUAUGUUUACAUUUGAGUGAGUGAGUGAGUAUAGUUUUUCGCCGCUUUUAGGAAUAUUCCAGCAAAAUUACGGCGGGGGACACCAGAAAUGGGCUUCACACAUUGUACCCAUGUCGGGAACCGAACCCGGGCCUUCGGCGUGACGAACGAACGCUUUUACCACUAGGCUACCCGACCGUCCCUGUUUACAUGUGAUUAUAAUAAAAUGAAGACAGUUCCAGUCUAGCGUCAGACUGGAGUGUUGGGGUUCUGUGAGUCACCCCAUUGCGCCAGGGGUAGUGGGGUAGCUUAGUGGUUAAAGUGUUGGAUCAGCACGCCGAAGAUCCGGGUUCGAUUCCGCACAUGGGUGCAAUGUGUGAAGCCAGUGGAUGAUCAACGGCCCACACCGUCCGGGUUGGAUAACUGACGUAGGUCAUGCCACAAUGCCCGGUGCCCGGUUUUCAUGCUAAACAUGAGGAACCGCAUCUUUCAGAGGCAAGAGAGCUAACUGGCUAUAAAAGUCCAGUUUCCACCCUUGCCGAACUAGGCUUGUAUUAUGGAGUUACAUUUUGGCUGGACUAACGAGUCUAUGCAUAGUCCAAUCAAAAUCGCUCA